AGCGGUCACAGGUGUGAGGGCCUCGCCUCCAGCGUCCUGCUGAAGGAACACCAGGAGACAGACAGAGGUGGUGGGCUACGCCAAAGGGAGAAAUAUGUCUUCAGAUAACCAGUGGUCAGCAGAUGAGGAAGAAGGCCAACUCUCCCGACUGAUCAGGAAAUCUAGGGACUCCCCCUUUGUCCCCGUAGGAAUAGCAGGCUUUAUGACUGUGGUGUCCUAUGGUCUUUACAAGUUAAAGUACAGAAAAGAUCAGAAAAUGUCCAUCCAUCUUAUUCACAUGAGAGUUGCUGCCCAAGGAAUUGUUGUAGGAGCUGUGACUCUAGGUGUUCUUUAUUCUAUGUAUAAGGAUUACAUCAGACCUCGAUUCUUCAGUGGGUCCAAAAAAUGA